AGUUGAAGACCUGACCUGACUGCCACUGUUUACAAAAUAAAUAACACCGCGCGAGCACGUGAAAGUUUGGUCGUGUAUAGUUUUUUUUUUAGAAAAUGCCAGAAGCAAUGGAAAAUCGGUCGGAAAAACCAAGAAUUUAUCUUGAAGAGUAUAAGCUGAAACAGGACGCCAACGAUUACGGACUAUCGGAUGAGUUAUGGGACUUCGAACGGUUCAGACAGCAGCUGCAAAUUGUAAUUGUCCGGUACGAGGAAAAUGAGCUGGAAUUCGACAUGAUCGGGGUCAGUCCGGCCAUCGCAAACGCCUUCCGGAGGUUGAUGCUCAGCGAAGUUCCCAGCAUGGCUAUUGAAAAGGUACACAUCUACAACAACACUUCCAUUAUUCAGGAUGAGGUUUUGGCUCACCGGCUGGGUCUGAUUCCACUGAGGGCCGAUCCAAGGCUUUUCGAGUACAAGACAAAUGAAAAUGAUGCGCCUAAUGCGUUAGACACUCUAGAAUUUGAAUUAAAGGUAAAAUGUACCAGGAAGAACAAGGAAUCUACCGAAAUUACCAACAACGAUAAUAUGUACAAGAAUCACAGCAUCUACUCGGAGCAGAUCAAGUGGGUCCCGUUGGGAAAUCAAGCCUCGAUCUAUAAAGAGGAGGAUGUUGGAACGAUUGAUAAAGACAUUUUGAUAAGCAAGAUGCGACCUGGCCAUGAGUUUGAUAUCAAAUUAUUUGCUGUGAAAGGCAUCGGAAAGGAUCAUGCCAAAUUUUCGCCGGUCGCUACUGCCUCGUACCGGCUGCUGCCCGAAAUUCAAUUGAAGCGACCGGUGGUGGGAAGGGACGCCCUGUUGCUGCAGAAGUGCUUCUCACCGGGUGUCAUCGCGAUCGAUAAGGACGAUCAGGCGUAUGUGAAGGAUGCUCGAUACGACAGCUGCAGCCGGAAUGUUUAUCGUUAUCCGCAGAUUGCCGAUGCAGUCACAUUGAGCCGGGUCAGGAACCAUUUCAUCUACAACGUCGAAUCGUUGGGAGCUCUCAAGCCGGAUGUUAUUUUUGUGGAGGCGGCCAAAGUGUUGAAGAAGAAGUGCAAGAUGUUUCUGGAUGAGAUUAAAGGUAAUUAAUGUGUAUUA